GCUGCGGCGGCCGGGUGUGCGGGCCGAGGCUCUGGGAGCCGGCUCCUGACCGCCUGCCGCGCCUCCCGGUUUGUCACUAGGGCCGCGCGGCAGCGCCAGGCCCGGCCAGCCCUUGCCCUCCGCCGCUUCUCCCACCAUGGCCCUGGUGCGGGAAGAGGAGCGGGCGGCGGGGCCCUCUCGCUGGCUACCCACGCACGUCCAGGUGACGGUGCUGAGGGCCCGCGGGCUGCGGGGCAAGAGCUCGGGCGCGGGCAGCACCAGCGACGCGUACACGGUGAUCCAGGUGGGCCGCGAGAAGUACAGCACGUCGGUGGUGGAGAAGACUCAGGGCUGCCCUGAAUGGCGCGAGGAAUGCUCCUUCGAGCUGCCGCCCGGCGCCCUGGACAGCCUGCUGCGGGCUCAGGAAGCCGAUGCGGGCCCCGCAGCCUGGGCCCCGGCCCCCGCCAGCGCCGCAUGCGAGUUGGUGCUCACCACCAUGCAUCGCUCGCUCAUCGGCGUCGACAAGUUCCUGGGCCAGGCCACCGUGGCGCUGGACGAGGUCUUCGGCGCAGGCCGCGCCCAGCACACGCAGUGGUACAAGCUACACUCCAAGGCAGGCAAGAAGGAGAAGGAGCGAGGAGAGAUCCAAGUCACAAUCCAGUUCACUCGCAACAAUUUGAGUGCUAGCAUGUUUGACCUGUCCAUGAAGGACAAGCCAAGAUCCCCCUUCAGCAAGCUCAAGGACAAGAUGAAGGGCAAGAAGAAGUUUGAGCUGGAGUCUGCCUCUGCCAUCCUCCCAAGCAGUGCUCUAGAGGAUCCUGACCUGGGCAGCCUGGGUAAGAUGGGCAAAGCCAAAGGCUUCUUUCUUCGCCACAAGCUGCGCAGAUCAUCCUUGACCCAGUCCAACACCUCAUUGGGCUCGGACAGCACCUUGUCCUCAACCAGCGGGAGUCUGGCCUACCAGGGCCCUGCCUCAGAGCUCCUUACCCGAUCACCGAGCCGCAGCAGCUGGCUGUCCUCUGAAGGGGGCAAGGAUUCUACACAGUCCCCCAAGUUGCUUACCCACAAGAGGACCUACAGUGAUGAGGCCAGCCAGAUGCGUGCAGGUCCUCCCCGGGGUCUUCAUGACCUCCAGGGUCACGUGGAUGCUGCCUCCCGCUCUUCCCUGUGUGUCAACGGAAGCCACAUUUACAACGAGGAGCCCCAGGCCCCCUUGCGGCAUCGCAGUUCCAUCCUGGGCUCCUUCCCACCCUCUAGCUCCCUGCACAGUGUCUCUUCCCGGCCCUCUGAGGAGGGGCCUCCGACCUCCGAUGACUCAUGGGGCAGAGGCAGUCGUGGCACCAGCAGCUCAGACGUGGUACCCGGACAGGAGGAGCUGAGCACUCAGACCAAAGUGCUGGCUGUCGGGGCUGGCCGCUCUGGAGAGGAGGAGGGUUCCCGGCCUCCGGAGCCAAAGCCAGUGCAGGUUGCCACACCCAUGGUGGCCUCCUCUGAGGCUGUGGUAGAGAAGGAGGGUGCACGGAAGGAAGAGCGGAAGCCUCGCAUGGGCCUCUUCCACCAUCACCACCAGGGGCUGAGCCGGAGCGAGAUGGGGCGCCGAAGCUCUGUGGGGGAGAAGGGAGGUCCUGCCUCCCCCCACCACUCAUCCGUUGGGGAGGAAAAGCCUAAAAGUAGCUGGUUUGGUCUGAGAGAAUCCAAGGAGCCAACUUCGAAGCCCAGCCUGGACGUGUCUCCUCAGGUAGAAUCUGACCCAGCUGCUCCUCCUCACCACCUCCCCUGCUCCCCCUGGGCUUCGGCCCACCCCACUCCUGCUCCCACCGCUGCUCCUAUGCUAAGCACUAACCUUUUUGCAGCUGCCUCUCCCGCUGCUGCCACUGCUGCUGCUGCCACCACAGCCCCCGAAGCCACCCCAUCUGGAUUCUUGGGUGUCACCAACCCGUUCCUCACCUCCUUGCAGAGCAACCCCUUCUUCGAGGAGCUCGUAGCGGACAUAGCACUAAACUCUCCUUCACCUGCUCCCUCUCUCCCCAGUGCCUCGAGGGCCAGCCCCACCCCCCUGGCCUCCCCUGGGAAAGCCCUGCCUGAGUGGGACGACACCUUCAACAUCUUUGCUGCUGGCAGGCUGCAUCCAGAGGCCAGGAGCGAGAUCCUGGCCCUUGCAGGAAUGGGGCUGGAGGCAGCUGGGCUGCAGGACUCAGGCCAUGAGGCCAUGACAGUGAAGGCAGCAGAGCUCCAGGAAGACCCUGGGGGAGAAAAAGGUGGGAGCAGCAUGUGGCUGGAGCCCAGGGCUCCUGUGGACUCAGGACUGGACCAGCAGAGCACAAAUGUGUCUGACCCUGGGCCCCUUGGGUCUGUGGGGACUGGGCUGUCCCCUUCAGCAGUCCAGUUGUACCUGAGCGCCUCGGUCUCAACACCAGACAGGGAGCCAUCUGCCCCAGAAAGGGGUGCUGAGCCAAGUCCAGCAGACAGUGGGACAUCUCUGUUCAGCUCCCCAGAAGUGCUCAGUAUGUGGGAGAAGCUGCCUGGUCCAGAUGAUGCCCCUGAGGGCCAGAAUGAGGAGACCCCCAGCAGUGAAAGCCAGCGUUUCCAUGAGCUCAAUAUGGUGGAUGAUUCCUGGCCUUGGGAUGUGGUCACCGUUUCUCCUACAGCAGAGACAGCUUCACCAGUCCCACAGGAAGAGUCUGAUGAGUUGUCUGCUUCCCGAGCACAGCCCGAAUCACCUAAGGAGAGUGAGGGGCUCCCCUCGCUGGAGCUGGAGCCAGAGCCUGAGCCUGCAUGGGAGCCAGAUGAGGGGCUGCAAUCCAUCACACCACCUCCCAAGCCACCACGCCUCUUCACACCCUCAAAUUCCCAGGUAGAAGUGGAGGAGGAGGAGGAGGAGGCAGAGAAGGAGGAGGAGGAGGAGGAAGAGAAAGAGAAGACUUCAGGGGGGAUGAGUAAGAGGGGGAUAGGAACAGAAGACACUGCCCCAAGUGCAUUGGUUGUUGGUCCCCAGGAAAACAAGGAAGAGAGUGAAAAGCUUGAGUCAGUAGAGUCUCCCAGAACCCUGUUGGGUGGGGCAGGCCUGGAAAAGCUGGUGGAAGAUGCUGCCCCCCUUGAAUCUGUGGCCUGUCCAACUGUGCCCACUAUCUGCCCUGAGAGUCCUGUCCCCACAACCUGUUACUCAACAGGUUUGGCUCUUCCAAGUCAGCAGAUCCUGGGACCUCCAGAGAGAGAAGGCCCUGUGGCCCAGAGCCAGGGGUCAGUAGAAGAAAGGCUUGGGCCUCAAUCAGCCACUUCCCAGGAGGCUGAUUUGUGGGCCUUGGAGGAAGAUGCCUUGAACCCCUUCUUAUCUCAGGGAAGCCGAGAUCCCCCCAGCCUCCCGUCCACAUCCCCACCAGGGUCCAGGGAAUCUUCCAUCCACUCUGGCCCUGAAGAGCCACCUACACCCCCAGAGCCUGCCUUUCCACCGCCCCCUCUCCCACCCUGGGCAAGCCACCGCCGCGGGGGGCCUGGUCCUCCAUGUUCUCCUGCGCUUGGAGCCUGGCCCCUCACCUCUUCCUCCCCAUCCCCGGGGGAGCCAGCCUCAUCCCCUGGCCCCCUUGAGCCCUCCCCUCCUGGAGGCUCUCCUGCCCCAAGCGGGGAGGACCACGCUGCAGCCACCCCAGCCUCCCCGCUUGUGCUUCUGCCCUUGGAGACACGACCAGCUGAGGAGCCACAGCCCAGUGCCAGUCCUCACCCUGUGAAGCCUCUCAGUGCUGCCCCUGUGGAGAACAGCCCUGAGAAGAAACAGCCCCGCUCCAGUCUGAGCACAGCCCUGAGCAGUGGGCUGGAGAAACUCAAAACAGUCACCUCUGGCAGCAUUCAGCCUGUGAUCCCAGCACCCCAGCCUGGCCAGACUGUGGAUACUAAGAGGCUGAAGGAUUCUGCUGUGUUGGACCAGUCAGCCAAGUACUACCACCUGACUCAUGAUGAGCUCAUCGGCUUGCUCCUGCAGCGAGAGCGAGAGCUGAGCCAACGGGAUGAACAUGUGCAGGAGCUAGAGAGCUACAUCGACCGGCUGCUAGUGCGAAUCAUGGAGACUUCACCCACACUGCUGCAGAUUCCUCCUGAUGCUCCCAAGUAGUCCCUCUCAUCUCUGACACUGGAAGGCUGGCCAGGACCUUCUACCCAGAUAGAGCCUAUGUGCCCAUAUGCCUGCCUUUCCUCCCUCCUGCUGAACACAGUUUCGCCUGGGCAGGGUACAGCUUGUCCUCAUGGUCACUUCCUGCCACCCUCUCCCUCCUACUUCUGCUGGAGAUGCUGGAAGGGGACCCUUUGGAUUCCUAUUGGAGGCAUAAUGGUCCAUGUAAAGCUUGGUGUCUCUGGGAACCCUGGGUCUUUCCCACUUGCCUAUUUUCACUCCCAUUAGCUUUGGGGGCUCUAGGGAAUGGGGAGAAUAAAGUUAGCUUUCUAGAUGGCUCAGGGUGAUCUGUGGUUGGAUGUGGUAAUUGGGAUGAGACUUGCUGGCAGAUUUAAUCAUCCCUGAGAAUAGUCAGUCAUUUUCUUCCCACAGCGGAUCCAUCAUCUCUGUAUUUACCUUCAGUGUGUGGAGAGUCUUCUAGUAUUACAGGGACCAAGCUGCCUGUAUGUCUGUUGCAGAUGGCCAGGGUAUCUAUUGUAGCCUCAUACCCAUCUCAAAAGCAGAGAGCCUAUAUAUUCUCAUCAAGUCUCUGUCAUGUCCUGAAUGUUUCCACCUCAAGCUUUUUGCAGAACAAGUGUAGUAUGGACAGAAGUAGUCAAGGUGUGUGGCUUUAGCUGCCUCCUGCCCCUCUUCUGACCUUCCUACUGAGUGUCAUGCUGACUGUGUGGAGGUAGUGCUGGGUAGGGGAAAGUUCUUCCUUGUUCUUUGAGUUCUCUCCUACCUGUGUUAUGUGGGCCCCUCCAGGUUGAGGCUUUGGCUGCUUAUGUUUUGCAUUCAAGCCUCCAUAUCAGUUCUUGCCUGUCCAGAUGCCAGAACUCUGCUGUGGUAGAGUUUGAACUUUUGGAAACCAAUUAAUAUGUGCCUUUUGUUGGUGGGGUCAAGAGCCUCUGAUGUAGACCUCUCCUGCUGAGCACAUGGAAUGGCUCUGUUAGGGGCCUGGGAAGGGGGAUACUAGCUGGGCUAGUCCUGAUAUGUGCUCUUUCUUUGAAAAUAUAUCAACAAGGGGUCUGCCAAGAUUUUUCUGUUCCCUUAACCUUCCUGCUGCCUUCUCUUCCCUCAAGCCUAUUUUGGAGGAUCAUAGGAUAAAAACCUAUGGUGGGCAGUGGGCUUAGGUCAUUAGGCCUCAGGUCUUAUGAUGCAUCAAUAACCUGGUCCGUAGAUGGGAUGUUAUACAUCUUAAACACAUGUACUUAGGAAAACGCUUUUGUUGCUCUCUCAGCUGUUCACUAAGCUACUGACCCAGACUGUCCUUUCUGCUCCCUUACUUUGCUUGCCCUGGCCACAGUGCACUUUGAACCAAAGUAUCCGUUCUUUAGCUCAGGCCUUGGUUUGCUAGUAGAGAAGAGAACAUGGCAGGCUUCCCCAUGGCAAGGAUCUCUUGGUAACUUCAUAACUUGAGCACCCUGCAUUACAAAAGAUACGGGAUGAGGUGAGGAGAUGCUGAAAGAAUAGGUUUUGGUCCAGUGAUAAGGCAAGAACCCUCUGGGGCUGCCUCUUCUUCAUGACAGGCUGGUAGUUUCACUCAGAAUGUCUAAGGAGAUAUAUUGUGAUGGUGAUGUCUUUUGCCAGCAUGGAGGAGCCCCACACACAGGUAGUGGGGUUGGAGAUUUGAGGAAGCCUCUGUAGAAUUGUCAACUUUAGGAUUAUCGGAGCUAAGAAGUGUCCACGGGUGCCCAGACCUUCAGUCACAUGUUCUGGGGCAGCUGGGGGUUGGAGAGUGAGGGAGUCAACCUACUAAGUGUUCCUCUGGGCUCUAGCCUGGUCCCUGAUCUUCCACCUAUCCUUAAUGAUGGACCUCUCACAGGUCCAGGGCAGGGAUGUCUUGAGGAGAGGUUUCAAAUCAAAGCCCAGGGUUUUUCUUUGAUGUUUCUGCUCCUGGCCACAAGUUGGAAGAGAGCUGGGGGGGGGGGGGGGGGUGGCGGUGGGGCAGGGAGCAGGUCCAGUUCUGCUUUGCUGUUUGUCUUCCUAGUUGUAACUUCGGUUUAUAAAGAGCUUGUUCUUCAUGUUUUGAGCACUUUAUGAAGAAUAAAAAGUUCACAUACUGCA